AUGCCACGUGUGCGGAGCAACUUUUCUCAACUUUGCGCGUGCGUAGUCGCCAGGGCGGGCGGCGCGUGCGUAGUCGCCAGGGCGGGCGGCGCGUGCGUAGUCGCCAGGGCGGGCGGCGCGUGCGUAGUCGCCAGGGCGGGCGGCGCGUGCGUAGUCGCCAGGGCGGGCGGCGCGUGCGUAGUCGCCAGGGCGGGCGGUGCGUGCGUAGUCGCCAGGGCGGGCGGCGCGUGCGUAGUCGCCAGGGCGGGCGGCGCGUGCGUAGUCGCCAGGGCGGGCGGCGCGUGCGUAGUCGCCAGGGCGGGCGGCGCGUGCGUAGUCGCCAGGGCGGGCGGCGCGUGCGUAGUCGCCAGGGCGGGCGGCGCGUGCGUAGUCGCCAGGGCGGGCGGCGCGUGCGUAGUCGCCAGGGCGGGCGGUGCGUGCGUAGUCGCCAGGGCGGGCGGCGCGUGCGUAGUCGCCAGGGCGGGCGGCGCGUGCGUAGUCGCCAGGGCGGGCGGCGCGUGCGUAGUCGCCAGGGCGGGCGGCGCGUGCGUAGUCGCCAGGGCGGGCGGCGCGUGCGUAGUCGCCAGGGCGGGCGGCGCGUGCGUAGUCGCCAGGGCGGGCGGCGCGUGCGUAGUCGCCAGGGCGGGCGGCGCGUGCGUAGUCGCCAGGGCGGGCGGCGCGUGCGUAGUCGCCAGGGCGGGCGGCGCGUGCGUAGUCGCCAGGGCGGGCGGCGCGUGCGUAGUCGCCAGGGCGGGCGGCGCGUGCGUAGUCGCCAGGGCGGGCGGCGCGUGCGUAGUCGCCAGGGCGGGCGGCGCGUAG